UAAAAAACCACCCAAGUCUCACAAAACUUCCCCUCCCAUUUUAAAAUCUCUUUCUUUUCUCACUCCUCUUUUCACAUUCUCCUUCAAAUUUCUCCAGUUCAUCUUACUCGAUCUCCAUUCUCAACUCUACUCAGAAAGAAAGUUUCUAGAAAACCUACAUCAAAUUCGCGUAAGAGUCACGCAGAAAACAAAAACAAUAUAAAUUGAACGAAAAAAGGAAAAAUCUCAGAGAGGAAAGAAAUGUUGGGGAGGAUCUUGGGUAGAGGAGGUUCUGCUUCUAAUAAUGAUAUGGAAGACCACGAAAAAUCUCCUCAAUCAACACCUUCUCCUUCAGCGACAGUAAGACCAUCUUCGAAGAAUGUUUUCGCAACAGAUUUAGGACCUGCAAGACCGUUACGUCUUGUUUAUUGUGAUGAAAAAGGGCAGUUUAAGAUGGACCCUGAAGCUGUUUCGGUUCUUCAACUUGUUAAAGGACCUAUUGGUGUUGUUUCUGUUUGUGGUAGAGCUCGUCAAGGAAAGAGUUUUAUCUUGAAUCAGCUUCUUGGGAGGAGUAGUGGGUUUCAAGUUGCAUCAACCCACAAGCCAUGCACAAAAGGUCUUUGGAUGUGGAGCGCACCAUUGAAAAGAACUGCUCUUGAUGGAACUGAGUACAAUCUCGUGCUUCUGGAUAGUGAAGGAAUUGAUGCUUACGAUCAAACGGGAACUUACAGUACACAAAUAUUCUCUCUGGCUGUCUUACUAUCUAGCAUGUUUAUUUACAACCAGAUGGGUGGUAUCGAUGAAUCUGCGCUAGAUCGCCUCUCCCUUGUUACUGAAAUGACCAAACACAUUCGUGUUAAAGCCUCAGGUGGAAAAAGCACAGCAUCUGAGCUUGGGCAAUUCUCUCCAAUUUUUGUCUGGCUUUUGAGGGAUUUUUAUCUGGACUUAAUAGAGGAUAAUAAGAGGAUAACACCACGUGAUUACCUAGAGAUAGCCUUGAGGCCUAUGCAAGGAGCUGCAAAAGAUGUAGCUGGGAAAAAUGAGAUCAGGGAGUCCAUUCGUGCUCUUUUUCCAGAUCGUGAAUGCUUCACGCUAGUGCGGCCUUCAAACAGUGAACGUGCAUUACAACGACUUGAUCAAACCUCUUUGGAAAAAUUAAGACCAGAAUUCGUAGCUGGCUUGGAUGCACUAACAAAAUUUGUUUUCGAGAGAACUAGGCCCAAGCAAGUAGGGGCUACUGUGAUGACAGGCCCCAUUCUUGCUGGUAUAACACAAUCUUUUCUUGAUGCUUUGAAUAAAGGUGCAGUUCCGACAAUAUCUUCCUCAUGGCAGAGUGUUGAAGAAGCAGAGUGUAGAAGGGCAUACGACACAGCUUCAGAAGUUUACGUGUCUUCUUUUGACCGCUCAAAGCCUGCUGAAGAAGUUCCUUUACGCGAAGCGCACGAGAUAGCAGUUCAAAAAGCACGUUCCGCAUUUAAUGCUGGUGCUGUAGGUGCUGGUUCAGCAAAACAGGAAUAUGAAAACCGUCUUCAGGUUUUCUGCAGUAAGGCUUUUGAGGACUACAAAAAGCAUGCUUUCAUGGAUGCAGAGUUAAAAUGCUCCAACACCAUAAGAAACAUGGAAAAGAAGUUACGAGCUGCUUGUCAUGUUCCUGAUGCAAAACUUGAUCAUGUUGUCAAAGUUCUUGAGGGUCUUCUAUCUGAGUAUGAAAAAUCAUCUUAUGGUCCAGGGAAAUGGCAGAAGUUGGUCACCUUCUUACAACAAAGUUUGGAAGGUCCGAUACUCGACUUAGCAAAGAAGCAAUUAGAUAAAAUUGGUUCAGAGAAGAGUACUGCUAUGCUUAAAUGCCGCUCAAUUGAAGACAGGAUGGGAUUGCUUAACAAGCAACUCGAAGUAAGUGAGAGGAGUAAAGCAGAAUAUUUGAGGCGUUUUGAGGAUGCCAUCAAUGACAAGAAGUCUCUUGGAGAUGAGUAUAUGAGCCGUAUCACUAAUUUGCAGAGUAAAUGCAGCUCACUGGAAGAGAGGUGCUCAACCUUAUCUAAAGCCCAGGAAUCCGCCAGGCAAGAUUCUGCCGAGUGGAAAAGAAAAUAUGAGCAAGCCUCUUUAAAACAAAGAGAGGAAGAAGAUCUGGCACAUGCAGAAAUAACCACUCUUCAGUCCAGGGCUAGUGCUACCGAAGCUAUGUUAGCUGCAGCUCGUGAGCAGGCUGAAUCUGCUCAAGAUGAAGCAAAAAGCUGGAAGGAAAAGUUCAAUAUUGCUGCUCGGGAAACCAAAGCUGCUUUGGAGAAGGCAGCAACAGCACAAGAGCGCACAAAUAAGGAGGCCCAGACUAGAGAAGAUAAUAUUAGGUCGGAAUACGUUGACAUUUUGGCUGAUAAGGAUGAGGAGAUCAAGGACAAGGUAGCAAGGAUUGAACAUGCUGAAAAACGGUUGACCACACUGAGUUUGGAAUUGAAGGCUGCUGAAUCAAAAGUGAGGAGCUAUGACUCUGAAUCAUCGUCUCUGAAGUGUCAAAUCAAGAAAUUGAUUGAGAAGCUAGAUUCUGUGAAGGAGCAAGCUCAAUCAUCUGAAAAAGAAGUCAGGAUCCUGCAACAGGAAAAGAGCCAUCUGCAGGAAAAAUACAAUUCUGAGUUUAAAAGAUUAGAGGAAGUUGAGGGAAGGUGUAAAAUUGCUGAAACUGCCGCAAAGAAAGCAGUUGAAAUGGCUGAUAAAGCACGAGCGGAAGCCGUGAUUGCGCAGAAGGAAAAGACAGAAGUUCAGCGAGUGGCAAUGGAAAGACUUACACAAAUUGAAAGAGGUGAAAGGCAGAUUGAGAAUCUAGAGAGGGUGAAGACUGACUUGAUGGAAGAAGUUCAGAGGGUCCGUGCUGCCGAAAUGGAUGCUGUGUCAAAAGUCAGUCAGCUGGAGGCGAGGGUUGAAGAAAGGGAAAAGGAAAUCGAAUCGUUACUUAAGUACAACAAUGAGCAGAGGAUGGAUAAUGUACAUGUGCUUGAACAACUGCUUGAGACUGAACGAACUGCCCGAGCAGAAGCGAACAACAGGGCAGAAGCCUUAUCUGUGCAAUUACAAUCUACUCAAAGUAAACUUGAUUUACUACAACAGCAAUUGACUUCGGUUCGGCUGAAUGAAACUGCUCUGGACAGCAAACUUAGAACUGCUUCACAUGGAAAACGAAUGAGGUCAGAAAACUAUGAUAUGGGGAUGGAAUCUGUCCAUGAUAUGGACAUUGAUGAUGGCAAGGGAAGUAAAGGAAGGAAGAGGUCAAAGAGCACAACGAGUCCUCUCAAAAACAUGCAGCAGGCUGAGGAUGGAGGUUCAGUUUUCAAGCUUGAUGAAGAUGAUGGCCAGAGUAGUCAGCAUACUGGGUCAGAGGAUUAUACGAAGUUUACUGUGACUAAACUGAAGCAAGAGCUGACAAAACAUGGUUUUGGUGCAGAUUUACUUCAGUUGAGGACUCCUAAUAAGAAGGAAAUAGUUGCCCUCUAUGAGAGACUUGUUCUUCAAAAGUAGUGCUGCCUGCCUCUUAACUUGUGGUUUGUAUAGUAAGCGCUGUAAUCUACUAAAGGAUCUUGAUUUGUUCACCUUCCACAUCUAACAAAAGAAUUGGGAAUCCUUAUAGCUGGUUUAGGUUUUGUAUAUUGGGCACCGUUUAAGCAUGUCUGGUUGCAAAACUCUGCUUAUUGUAAUGGACAUUUAUGUCUUUGUUCCACUUGAAGUCCGAUUUUUUUCUUCUUCUUCCGUGUUUUCCUAGUGUAAUUCAAUUGCCUUGUGGUUUUAUUCAGAUCUAGUGAUGAUGAAGUACUCUCGGUCUUUACUCAAAUUUUGUGCGAGUGAAGCCCUUCGGAUGUAGGUCGGUUAUUGUAUGGUUUGCUUGUUGAUUUUAGCUC